AAAAUAACAACCCUGAACAUUGUUUCAAUUCCAUACGGUUUCUUUGACAGUCAGCUGUAUUUUUGUUUUUGUGUAACAGACAGCUGUUGAGAAAAAAAGUAGAAUUCACCAAAAACAACAUGUCAGCCACCAAAACUUUACGUGCUCUACUUCAAGAGCUACGUAGCGCCUCUCCUAAUGGCUGCAUUAAGAAUUCCUUGGCAGCUCGUUAUAUUUUAGCUCAAUACAAGAAAUUCUCUACAACCGAUCAACAAUUAUGCAAAGCACGCGAUGAGGCCCUAUUUUUGGGACAAACUUAUCAAACCUAUUUGUCUAGUUUGCGUAAAUACAAUGAAUUAUUCAAGGAAUAUCAUGGUCGUGGUGAAAGGACUGUGAGGGAAACAGCCGAUAUGGUGGGUUUCAAGCUUCCAACCGAUCCCAAGUAAAAGGUGCUUAGUUGCAAUGUGUACUUUAUUUAAAGGAGAGUGUUUAAUUAGCUGUAGUAGUAAAUAUGUUAGAUAAAUAAAAAUGUUGCUAAACUGAAAAUUAAAA